GUUGGUGGCAAUGAUGCAAUUUAGCUGGCUGGCCACUGCGCACAUAUUUCGUGGCACCUACAGUUUUCAUCUAAAUAUAACGUGUGGAAAUCAAUGUUAUUUACAAGAAGGUUAAAUUCGGUUAAAUUUCAAUUGAUAUUUUGAUUUGUGGAUUUUCUUUUAAUAUUGUCUAGAUUUAUUUAACUUUAUCAAGUUAAUCUUAUCUAUCAAUGGGAGCUAUGACAUCGAGAGCGCCAGCCCUGCCAGUGCCCGUGUCGUCAGUGAACACGGCAGUGAUGUCGCCGGUGACAGUGGCAGCCGCAGCGGCACCAGCCGCACGGUCGCAAUCGCAUGCGGCGUGCCCCAGUCGCACAGCUGCGCCGCAGUCGCUUGCCGCAUGCCCCAGUCGCACCUCUGUGCCGCAGUCGCAUGCCACAUGCCCCAAGGUGAAUGGCGCCAGUCAACAACACACGCCUGCCAAGAAGACGCCGUGCGACUUCAUCUUCGGAAAGGUGAUCGGCGAGGGCAGCUUCUCAACCGUCUACAUUGCCAAAGACAUCCACAAUCGCAAGGAGCUCGCCAUCAAGGUGUGUGACAAACGUGCCAUUCUGCGCGAACACAAGGUGGAGUACAUCAAGCGAGAGAAGGACGUGCUGAACAUGGUUAGCAACAGUGGCGCGCCGUUCUUCGUGAAGCUGUUCGCGACAUUCCAGGACGCGACACGCCUCUACUUUGUGCUGACCUACGCCAAACACGGCGAGCUGCUGCCGCACAUCAACCGUGUCGGCUCGUUCGACAUGGCCUCCUCGCGGUUCUACGCGGCCGAGAUCCUCGUCGCCUUGGAGCACCUCAAGCGCCUCAACAUCGUGCAUCGCGACCUCAAACCGGAGAACAUCCUGCUUGACGAGAACAUGCACAUACUCAUCACCGACUUUGGAUCCUCCAAAAUUAUGACCGACCACAAUGAUACCAAUGUUUUUGGUGCAGAUAAAGACGACAGAUCUAGAGCGAGGAGGAACAGAUUUGUUGGGACAGCACAGUACGUUUCUCCAGAGCUUCUGACCGCCAAAACCGCCUCCGCCAGCUCCGAUCUGUGGGCUUUCGGCUGCAUCAUCUACCAAAUGGUCUAUGGUCUACCUCCAUUCCGAUCAGAGACUGAAUUCCUAAUUUUCAAACAGAUAAGGAACCUAAACUACGAAUUCCCUGAUGGAUUCUGCCCUGUCGCUAAGGAUCUUAUUGAAAAACUGUUGGUUCUAGAGCCAAGCCAGAGGUUAGGAGCGUCAGACGAAGUUGGUUACCCAUCAAUCAGACAGCACAAUUUCUUCCAAAGUAUUGAGUUUGACACACUGCAGAACCAGACUCCUCCACUCAUCUACUCCUACCACUCGCCCCUUUGAUAUAGAGAAUAAGAUUAAUAAGAGCGAAGUCCGCUAUGAUUCCACUGCGCUAGUGUCGCCACCAGAAAUUUCGGACAAGAAGUCGAUUAUAUUUUUAUAUUUUCAUCGGUCAUGUUUCAUGUAGGCUAAGCCUAUAGUGAGGUCCACGUUAUAAUGACAGUGGAUAAAGAUAGAAGAAUAGCAAUGCCGAUUCUCUGCAUUAAUUAAUCAUAUUUCUACACUGUCAAAAACAUAAUUAGCACCAUUGUGGACCUAGAAGGAUAGUGCCACUGGCUUUGUCUAUAGACAAGGAUAGCAAAACCAAAGUUGAUCAAAUACUGUCUUAUAACGUGGAUUUCACUAUAGUGUCAAUAUGAUCGUUUAUUAUUGCUUCCUUACAGUUUGUAUUUUGAGAUAUUUAUUAAAAGACUUCAUUAAUAAAAUAGUAAUAAGUAAUAAAAUAUAAGUU